CCUGUAGCAGAUCAAACCCCCCCAAAAAACUGGAAACUCAUUCAGUCUCUUCUGAAUGGAGCGUCUUUAACGUGAGAGUGCAGGACUUAACGUUGAGCAACCCCAACAAAAAAAAAUUAAACCAUGCGAGCCCUGCAUCCAGUCCUGGUUGGUGCCUUGGUGACCCUGCUGCUCUGCCUGCCCGGCCCCGCACACGGAGAAUCCUACUUUGGGGAUAGCCACUGUAGCAUAGUAGCCGUCCAAGAUGUCUCAACCUUCCAGCUGUCUCUGAAGUUCAAAACGAGUCGCCGAAGUGGUCUUCUGCUUCUGGCUGCUGGAAUGGAGGACUACCUGAUCCUGGAGUUGCUAAAUGGGAAACUACAGGCACGAAUGAAAGUGGGAGCUGGAGAAGUCAUGCUGUCCUCUUCUCAAGAUGUGCCGUUGAACAACCUGAGGGACCACCAGGUGUUUCUGACAUUGCAAGAUGGCAAGCUCACCAUGAUGAUAGUUCAUCUGUUUUCAACAUACGUCCCUGUGGAUCUUGGUGGGGAAAGGCUAAAUAUCGACCGUGGCAUUUGGCUUGGAGGAACCGGUGACCUGGACACUCCCUAUCUCAGGAACGCCAUCCCUCCUUUCCGUGGCUGCAUUACCGACGUUAAAUUUGAAUCCCAUCAGUUUAACAUUCUCAACUCGGCAUUUAAGCAGUGCCAAGACACCAAGGAAUCUUGCAGCAGUGAGUUUGAGCAUAGAGACGGGGAGACAAUCAGUUUCAGCACUCCAGAUUCCUUUGUGUCCUUCUCUACAUGGAGUGAAUCUGCUAAUGCUCCAAUGUCACUGGAGUUUCUAAUGAAAACCACCAUAGAGGAUGCUUUACUUGUCUUCCACCAUGGCCAAAAGUCAGACUUUAUUGCCAUCGGUGUUGUAAAAGGCUAUCUCAACGGGGUUUUGGAUCUAGGAGAUGGUUUAAAGUCACUUGAAAAUACACAGGUGCAGCUGGAUGAUGACCAGUGGCACAGGGUCCAGAUUCAGGUUAGCCCGGAUUCUUUUGUUCUUAAAGUAGACAGCCAAUCAUCCUCCAUUCCUCUCGACUCAUCACAAAAACUGGAUUUGGUAGGAAACCUGUACUUUGGAGGCAUCCAGAAGAAGAUGAAGGAAGUAUUUAGUGAAAGUGGGUCCUUGAAUCGUUUUGAGGACUACAUCACAUCUGAGUCUUUCAUUGGAUGCUUUGGGGGAAUUAAAGUAAAUCAACGGGACAAAGGUCUGCAGGAUGCUUUGGUGACCAAAGAUGUACAUAUAAAAUGUGAAGGAGAUGACUAUGACUACUCAACUUAUGAUGAAUUUGAUGGACCCACCACUUCCUCACCCAUUGUUGAUUUCGUAACUCAAUUUGCUGAACCUCAAUUAAACGACCAAGAAUGUUAUCCAAACAAUUUUGAACCUGAGGUGUUCAGAAAUGUAACAAAACUUCUCAACAUCACCACUUUGCGAGUACCUGAUGGUGAAGAAGCCUAUCUUGAUAUCAACAAUCUGAGACCAACAUUUGACCUCAGCGCUGCUGGGUUGAGCCAAUCGCAAAUUAUCUUUACACUCACCGGUGAUCCCUGGUAUGGCCUGGUUGACGUUAAUGUCAAUAGAAACACUGAAAAAUUCUCUCUGCUUGAUGUGGUCGACAAGAAAAUCAAGUAUAUGCAUGAUGGAAAUGGAGGAACCAGUGAUAAGAUCUCCUUAUAUGUACGUGUUCUAAGUAACAGCUACCUUCCAGGGUGCCUAAAAGGUACCCACAGUUAUUCGAUUCCGGUGGAAAUUAUUCCAGGCAGGGCCUCACCAGGAUCCACUGUAGAACUUCCUAUCACAGAAAAGGGAAGAUCUCAUUUGAGCCCCAACCUUCUUAAAAUAAGUCAAUCCGCCUCCAAUUGUGACCAGUUAGUAAUAACUGUGACCUCGGCUCCCUCUUUUGAUUUUGGUUACCUGGUAAAUAGUCAGCAACCAGGAAGAAAAAUCUCAGAGUUUACAUGCAGAGACCUGAAAGAUGGAAAUAUCUAUUUUGUACACAAAGCAGGCAGUACCAGUGAAAUGACCUUGAAAGUGUCGGAGGGUGGGUCAGUAACUCAGUCAAGCACUUUUAUGUUGUUGGCGAUACAACCAAAUGCAGUCAUUGUCGGCACCACUGGCCUUAGCGUAGUCCAAGGGAGCAAUGCGUCAAUAGGGAUUCAGGAUCUGGCUGUCAGCCAUCAUCCUCGUAAUGGGGAUAUUUUAUAUAUCGUCACACAACCUCCUGUGUUAGGAGAAUUAAGAGUUAGAGGAAGAGAUGGCAUGUACACGCAAGUUACAAGUUUUCAUCAGUUUCAUCUGGAUCGAGAGCUAAUUAGGUAUUUUAGCACAGAUACAGAUAGCCAUGAAGACACUGCGGUGGAUAACAUUCUGUUUGACAUCCAUUUGGGAGAGUUUGUUCUCACAAACAACCUCUUCCGAGUUGAGAUCCAACCUCCCAAAGUAAAAGUUUCAUAUCUGGAACCUCUGGAAGCCAAACCUGGAGAGAAGCAGAUAAUCACAAAGCUUCAGGCUGAAGUGCAAGGCAAAACCCCAAAUCCGCAAACAAUUAAAUACAUUCUUGUGAAGUCUCCUGCACAUGGUAGCCUCCAGAUAUCAGACAAAGAGUUGAACAAGGGUGACAUGUUCACACAGAAGGACAUUUUGGACAAUGCUUUAAGUUACAUAGUGCGGAUGCAAGGCUUUGUGGAUACUAAUGACCAGUUUCAGUUUAGAGUCUCUGUUGAGGACCAGUAUUCUCCAUUAUACAGCUUCCCAAUAAGCAUACUUGCUGGAACGGAUGACUAUGUUUUGACAAAUAAGCAUCUUGUUGUUUUACAAGGAGGUGAGCUAGCUUUGAACAAAAACCAUCUCUGGCUGCAGUUUUCAGUUUCUCAGGACAUUUUGUAUAGAGUCACACAAGAACCAAAGCAUGGACGCCUUAUAAGGGAUACCCCAGGACUGCCUAGAUUUGAUGGGGCAGUUAAAUAUUUUAGUAAUGAAGAUCUUGUACAUGGUCAGCUGAUUUACAAGCAUGAUGGCUCCAGGACUACAAGCGACGAGUUCCACUUCUCAGCCACUCAGCAAGAUACAGACAGUCCAAAAGUGGUGACGGGUAUCUUCAAAAUACAGAUUCAAUUCAAGAAUGAGCACGUCCCAGUGAGGAUAGUGGAUAAAGUCUUCAACGUGGUCCGCCGGGGUCAGCGCUUGCUCACAACCAACAUCAUUCAGUUUAAAGACGAUGACUCAAAUUUCAAUGACACUCAAAUUGUCUAUGCCAGAGAAGGAAUUCUUUCGGGCAAUAUCAUGUCAGCGUCCAAUCCAUCGCAGCCAGUUUUCCGUUUUACACAAGCUGACCUGAGGGACAAGAACAUCUUAUUCGUCCAUCAUGGAGCAGAUCAAGAACGGUUUCCUCUGCAGGUUUCAGACGGCUUUCAUAAAACCACCGCGAUGCUUCAGAUCCAAGCUGGUGAGCCCUACCUUCAAUUGGUGAACAACACAAUGAUCGUCAUUGACCAUGGAAGUACCAAGACCCUAAAUACCAGCCUAUUGAGCGCAGACUCCAACAUGGACAUCAGAGAUGAAAGCGAGAUUAAGUUCGAGGUUACUUCCCCACCCAGCGAUGGCAGGAUUAUCGUGAGUGGGAUUGAGGCUUCACAAUUCACCCAGGAGGACUUGAAAAAGGGAGUCAUCUCAUAUGAGCACAAUUAUGAAAGCCUUAAGGCCAAGGAUUCCUUUGGUUUCACAGUGCGAGCAAAGGAACUUUCUGAAAAAGGCAUAUUUAAGAUAAAGAUUUUUAAACAAGGUUACCUUUCAGAGCCAGAGGUGAUAACCAAUGAGGUCAUCAUUUCUUAUGAGGGGGAGCACACCAUAAUCAGCCAGGAUCAUCUCAAGGUGGAGCAGACCGAUAUCCUUCCUACAGACAUGAUUUUCACACUGAAAAGAUUACCUAAUCUGGGUCAUGUGGUCAUGCUGAAAAACAGUUCAGAGGACGCAGCCUCUCCGGUCCUCGACUACAUCCACUCUUUCUCUCAGGAAGACAUCAAUCUGAGCCGAGUCUUCUACGUGUCUGCAUCUUUGCAGGGAAGCGACAGUUUCACGUUGGAUGUGAGCAAUGGUUUCAGCACGGUGGAGGACCUGACCGUCAAGGUGGACAUCAUGCCCCGAUUUAUACCCAUUCAGGCGUCCAACUUCUCCAUCAAGGAAGGCCUCAGUCGAGUGAUUAACGAGGAGAUUCUGAACAUCUCGAAUCAUUUCUACAGCUUAGUAAACAUCGACUUUUCUGUGGAGGAGCUUCCGCAGCACGGUGAAAUCCGCAACCUGGAAGGAGACGAGCUUUCUUACUUUACAUGGGAUGAUGUAAAAUUUGGACAGGUCUUCUACAUGCACGACAGCAGCGAGACCAUGGAGGACAGUUUUACACUCUCUGCCUCGUCGUACGAGAUUGAGCGCCGCAGCCUCCCUGUCACCAUCUCAGUCACCAUCAUACCGGUGAACGAUGAGCCGCCAAUGGUGACACGCAACACCGGCCUGGAGGUUCUUCCCGGCGAGCAAGUCGCCAUCACUGCCAAUGUGCUGAGCACAGAGGACGCCGAUACCCCCGCGGAGGAGCUGGUUUACCACGUAGAAAUGCCAACCAACGGGCUGAUGACAUUAAAACAGGAGCCGGGGCAGAGCAUUCAGAAUUUCUCCCAGGCUCAACUAAACAGAGGGGAGAUCAUCUUCACCCACGAGGGUGAAGAAUCCGGUGAGUUCAGCUUCACGGUGACAGAUGGAGAGCACACGUCUCCUCUCUAUCGAUUUGUCAUCAAGGCCAGGCCUCACAUCAUCACCUUGGAAACAGGGGAGGAACUCAUGGUGUUCCCAGGAACACGACAGGUCAUCAAGAAUGCUAACCUUAAAGUUGGAACCAGCAAGGACGGGAAUGAAGCGAGCUUCCUGCUCGUCCGCGCGCCUCGUUUGGGAAGGCUUAUCCUGGCCAAUGAGCGGAACCAGUUAGUAGAAACUAACUUGUUCUCACAGUCACAGUUGGAGUCUGGAGCAGUCUACUAUGAGCACCAGCUGCCCACCGAGCCUUUCUGGGUGGUGAGAGACUCUAUGGAGUUCACUGUAUCACCCCAGACUUCUGCAGACGUCCGCCACGCGCUGCCCAUCACAGUCUCCUACUAUGCUGCUCAUAGCAACAUUUCUUCUCAGAUGUGGAGGAACAAAGGGCUUGAAAUUGUGCAGGGUCAGAGAAAAGCAAUUGACAAUUCCAUUUUUGAUGCCUCCAACCUUCUGGCAAGUCUACCUGAAGAAAAGAAAACGGACGCGGACGUUCUUUUCGAAAUAAAGCGCUUCCCUGAUCAUGGUCGUAUCACCCUACGGGGUGAGGAUCUACCCCGUGACGAUCCGCUCUUCACACAAUCAGACGUGUCUCAGGGAAAGUUGGAGUAUCUUCACGAUGACUCGGGGGCUGCUUUUGACAGCCUUGCUUUCAAGGCCUAUCUGAAGUUAGGAAGUGGUGGUAGGGCCCCCCCUGCUGAGUCCGUAAUCCUGGAUGAGAUCUUUCAUAUUUCAGUCAAACGACGUGGUUCCAACCCCCCUGAAUUAGUCACUACAGAUAUGCUUCUGGAAGUUCUCCAAGGCUCCAAGAUCUCACUAACCCAGAAGCAUCUCAACACCCAAGAUGAAGACAAUCCACCAGAUGAGGUGCUCUUCAAGGUGACCAAAGCCCCUCGUAAUGGCUAUCUCCUUAACUCUGUUACGUCAGAACCUCUCUCUAAGUUCACUCAAGAAAUGAUCAAUCGCGUAGAGGUGGCCUUCCAGAGUGACGGCACCCUUAAAGGCGGAUUUGUGGAAUUCACUAUAUCAGAUGGCGAGCAUGAAACAGAGCCGCACACACUCCACAUAGGAAUCUUAGCUCACACCCUGCUUCUCAAACAAGUCCCAGAGAUCAAGGUACGACAGGGAGACGAUCAGAUUCUUGUGACUGAGGAGAUGCUGAGGGCCUCUACAGGUGGUCCUGUUGAGGAGGACAUCCUUUAUAAAAUCACCAAUACUCCAAAAUAUGCAGCUGUCAUGGUAGACAGGCAGCCUACAUCUGCCUUCACCCAGAAGCAGAUCAAAGAAGGAAGAGUCAGUGUCCGUUUUGUCAAGUCCACUUCACCCCGAGACAGUGUUUCAUUUACAGCCCGUAGCCGGGCUGCCAAUGUCUCCUCUGUCCUCAACAUCACUGUGCAGCCUCUGGCUAAAAUUGCUCAAAAUCCUUUAUUACCUCAAGGCUCACUUGUCCAGCUGGACAGAAAGCUUUUGGAUGCAUCUCCACUAGCCAACAAGACAAGAGCCUCACCCACAUUCACAGUCAUCCAGCAGCCAAGAGGAGCUCGUAUUGUAGAGUUUAAGGAUCCUGAUGCUGGCCAGCCAAUACAGACAUUCACCCAGAAGGACCUGGAUGAAGGUCGGGUAGCAAUGGAAAUAUUAGAUACUGCCUCAAGAUCAAAAGCGAAGGGUACUCAGGAUGAAGCUCGGUUCCUGCUAAAAGCCCAUGGAGUCCCUCCAGCAGAAUGUGUCCUUUCAUUCCAGACAAGCCCUUACAACACCUCUGCAGUUUAUCCUGCCACUCUGCUAAAGAAUCCUGAUAAAAGAUUCAGGCCCCCAGGAGAUAGUGUCACCCCAUCAUCCCCUGACUCUGGUACCCACGGGAAACCACACGUUUCCCGUCGUGGGAAUUUUUGGUCCAUCUUCAUUCCCAUUCUAGUUGUCCUCCUACUCUUACUACUGGCAGGCGUCUUGGCCUACUAUCUAAUCCGUAAAAACAAGACAGGAAAACACAACGUCCAGACAGCGACCUCAAAGCCCAAAAACGGAGAGGUGGCCACAACGGAAACCUUUCGCAAAACGGACCCAGCCAACAACAUUCCUAUGUCCAAUGUGGACUCUAAAGGGGCGGAUCCAGAGUUGCUUCAGCACUGUCGGACAACGAACCCGGCCUUGAAAAAGAACCAGUACUGGGUUUGAAACACUUUGAUUUUGGACAUAGAAGGAGGUGAACUUCAUUUAUGUUGGUGUUUAAAUUUUCCUACAGCAGUUUAAACGAAACACACUUAUGACGCAUUUUUUCACUGACUUCUCUCAGAACAGCUGUGGACAAAUUCUCAGGCAUGAAAACACUGAAGACGUAUUGGCAAAGAAGGAAGUGAUUUCUUACAUUCAGAGGGCUAAUGCCAUGUCUAUUUAUUUCCAUUGUAUCAUUCCUCACUGUCAAAGGGCACAGACAUGACAUGAACAUGCAAAGUGUUUGCAAAAAAAGUACUUUUGAUGUGCUCAACUAUUGUAUUAAAUAUCAUAUAGCCAAACAUUAGUCAUGCUGAUAGGUACGUAUUUCAUUGUUGUUUUUUUAAACUACGUUUUGGAUAAUCAGGAUAUUUGAUCAACAAAAAAAUAUGACUAAGUGAAACAUAAGUGAAAAAUAAGUGAAGCACUUAAUGGCCACUUUUUCCAGGUACAUAAAAAGCAAAUUAGCAUAGCCGUCUCUGUAGUUUACAGACAAUGGUCUAAAAACAAGAAACUAUUAAGGGAGAAGAUGUGUUGGCAAAAAAAUGGCAGGUUACAGUUCAUAGAAAAGCAACUGUAACUCAAAUAACCCACAGCAGCCUGUUGUCAGCGAAGAAUCGACUCAACAAAACUGAGCUACAAGAAAUCAGAAAAACUUGCUAUUUCACCUGAAACAUCCACCGGGUCAUAUUGGGGUUUAACAACAUUAAGGCACAUUUUCAUCUGCCUUAUUUUAAUGGUUCUGGCAGAUGAUGGUGAAGGAUAUUUUCUUGGCACACUUUGAAACUCUUAGUACCAGUUGGUCAUCCUUUAAGUGCCCCAACUACCAAAAUGUUGGUGCCAACCAAUAAAUUUCCAUCCAUUUAUAUCCACAGUGUACCCAUUUUCUGAAGGCUGCUUCCAGAAGGACAGUGCAGCAUCUCACAAAGCUACAAACCUUUUCACACAGGUUUGAACAUGACAUUGAGAUCAGUGCACUCUAACCAUAUCCGCAGUCACAAGCUCUUGAUCCAGUAGAACGCCUUAGUGAUGUGGUGUAACAUUGGCGUCAUGGAUUAUGGAUGUGCAGCUGACAAAUCAAAAUCUCAGGAAUGUUUUGAAUACCUUAGUGAAUAUUUACCAAAAAGAAUUAAAGCAGUUCUGAAAAAUAAAGACACUUAAACCGUAAUACUAGCAAGGUGUAGCACAUAAUGUAGCUUUGGAGUAUAAGGUACAUUAUUUUUGCUUCAUUUUUGAAAAUCUAACCUCAAUUAUUCAAUUCAAAAUACUUUACUGAUCCCAAAUUAGAUAAAUUAAAUAACAGAGCUACUCCAACAUGCUGCCAGCGCAAUCCUAGAACAUUAUGUUCCAAGUCCUAUCUCAUGUAUUCAGCCUAAAGAUAAUAUCACUUUCUGUCUAGAAACCAAAAGAUGAAUACCACUUUUACAGCUAUGUCUACAAACCAUUGCAUGACAUUCAAACCUAAAGUUUAGGGUUUUCCCUUGUUAUUUUUUUAUGCUAAGCUAAGCUAACAACUAAGCUAGUACCUGACAUCUUAUGCCAAGCUAAUGCUUUUCAAAUUGUAACCACAAGACGGAUGCUUUGAAGCAGACAGGAGUUAAAAAGAAGCACUUGAAGUCAAAUUGCACAAAUCUAAUCCACUCCAGCUCUCGGUCAUGUCGACAUCUGUCAGAUUGUAUUGUUGCUAUGUGUUUCCAAAGAGCUUGUAAAACUUUAUUGGACUGGAGCAGCAGAACAGAAACAUUACUUUGGUCCUGUAAUAUUUACGCUGAAACACCUAUUUAAUCUCAAACUGAAAGGUUUCCAGUUUCCACGUCUCCAUUAAAGACUUCACAAAAACUGAAAUUGACCAUAAACAUCCUGAGCUUGUUGGGUUUUGUUAACUUUUAAUGACAAACCAAAAAGCGAUUAUUUUUAUUAGAAACAUUCCUUAUUUUAGCCUCGUUGAAUAUACAAGCUCAUUUUAUAAAUUAAAAAAAAAAUUCUUUAGUUCUUUUUGAUUGCAUGUUAAAGAUAAAAAAAAAAAAAGGUUGCUACUGUAAAUCACAAUUUUCUCCUGCUAAAGUUUUGGUACUUUGACCUGUUGUGCCAAGUUAAUCAUUCUAAUUUAGAACAAACUAGAGCAAAAUGAGCUGCUAUAUAUUUUUUCCUGACAGCCUUUACCAGAAUUGCCUUUUUCACAAGCCAACUAGUAAUUUUGUCGUGUUUUGUUUCUUUACAGUAGCCUUGAUUUGUUGUUUUUAAUAGUCUUCAGCAGUAAUUAUAGAUGCAGCACAGAGCUUCAAAACAUUAAGACAAGUUGCAUUUGAGUGAUGAUGUUCAACAUAAAACAAAGCUUCUUCCCUCAGGAUAUCCCAUUUCCACCCUCUGGUUUUUGUGUAAAUAUUGUGUUUAAAAAAAUAAAGUCUUUGGUUUCCUAGUAAAUGAUAAGAUUUUCCAUAUCGGAGUAUACAUGUUAUGAGAACAAUUAUAUUAAAAUUGACUGUUCAACGUUGAUAUAUGUAUAUGUUUGCGAGUCCAUCCUUUUUAUGCGUCACUCAUAUGUUGUUUUUUUUUUUAAUUCACCGCAGCAUUUCAUCACCAUGCCUCGCAUUUGUUAUUUAUUAAGUCGGUCACUCCCCAUUCAUCAGCUCAUAUUUUCAUGUGCUUUGUUAUUUUUCAUCUUCUGCAGGCGCCUUUAAGUAAAACGUUUCUGGACCAAAUGCAACAUCAGGACUGCAGUAUGUCUCUGAUUCUGUUACAGGCGCUAAUGGAAAUAAAAUGUUGACGCAACAAA